AUGGACAGAGCCUGGGUCUACCUGGUGACAGGAGGGUGUGGGUUUAUUGGGGAGAAGAUUGUGGAGCUCCUGGCACAGCAAGACUACAUCAAGGAAGUCAGAGUUUUUGAUUCAGUAGCAAGAGAAGAAGUUGAAAGGUUCACCACAGCUACCACUCGAGUGACAGUGAUGAAAGGAGACCUUCGAGACUCCAGCCUGCUCCUUGCUGCCAUGCAGGGGGUCCAUGUGGUUAUCCACACAGCUGCUCUGGUGGACUACAGGAGCACCAAACCCUUCUGGGAAAUGAGAGCUGUCAACGUUGGGGGUACUGAAAAUGUUUUAAGGGCCUGCUGUGCCCUGAGCAUCCCCUAUGUUGUCUACACAAGCUCCAUUGCUGCAGUGGGACCCAACACAUCCUGUGAACCCAUGUUCAGGGGCAAUGAAGACACCAAAUACAGUGGGGAAGUGGAGCUGCCCUAUGGGAAGACGAAGGCCAUGGCAGAAAAACUUGUGUUGGAAGCCAACGGUCAAAAGCUCAGCAACGGUGGCAAGCUCAGCACCUGCAUCAUCCGUGCAAACACAGUGUAUGGGGAGAGAGCAACCUUCCUGCAGGAGCUCUACUGCCGUGCCAAGGCCAACAAUGGUGUCUUGAACUACCUUCAGCCUGAGGACAGCGAGAGGAACAACACCUACGUGGGGAACGUUGCAUGGAUGCAUGUUCUUGCAGCAAGGAACCUGCAGCUGAACCCAGACUUGCUGGCAGGACAAGUGUACUAUUCCUAUGAUGACACUCCAACAAGGAAGGGUUUUCUGAUCCAACACCAGCUGCUGUCCUCUGCAGACCCCUCAGUGAGACUGGGCUCACACAUCCCUUACUGGAAGGUGUGGCUGAUGAUACAAGUGCACAGGAUCAUGAAGCUCAUCCUGUAUCCCUUCUGGAAGCCACAGCCUUCCCUCAGCUUGCCUUUGCUGAACACAAUCGUCACCACCUUCUCCUAUGAGACAGACAAAGCCUCCAGGCACUUUGGCUACAAACCCCUCUUCACCUGGCAAGAGAGCAAGCACAGAACUGUGCAGUGGCUGAAAGCAGUGGCAGGAAACCUGGAAUCCCCCAGGCUCCAUGAGAAGAGGAAGAACUAA